AUGAUUCCACCAAGUGUUUCUCAUCUCCUAGCUGUUGGCACAGGAAUUAGUACCCUAUUUGCCAAUCAUGUCUCUGCUCUCGACACGACAACUGUAAAGACGGACAAUGGUGUUGUUAAAGGCUUUGCAGACGAGUCUUUUCCCAAUGUGGUUCAAUUCCUCGGUAUACCUUAUGCUGAGCCUCCGGUUGGGAAACGAAGAUGGACUCCUGCCGUAGCCAAAGGACGAUUCGAGACAUUAGAUGCAUCACAUCAGGGCCCAGCUUGUCCUCAAGCUGAACCAUCCAACACUGGUCCAUGGCGCCCUGAGUUUCUGAUCAAGCCUAACAGUACAAGCGAGGACUGUUUGUACCUCAAUGUUUGGACUCCAUACAACACUCGGGGAGGCCACAAGGACAAGUUUCCGGUGUUGGUUUGGAUCCACGGUGGUGGUUUUGGUGCUGGCGGCGGUAACAUUGACUAUCAAGUACCUCCCCAUUGGAUCGCAAGAAGUCAGAAGCACAUAGUCGUCAGUCUCAACUACCGUCUUGGAAUCUUCGGGUUCCCUAAUGCCGCGGGUCUUGACUCUAAGGAACAAAACCUAGGACUUCUAGAUCAACGUCUCGCUGUUGAGUGGGUGCGCGACAAUAUCUCACGUUUCGGUGGAAAUCCCAAGAAGAUCACUCUCUGGGGUCAGAGUGCUGGUGGUGCCUCAGUAGGGUACUAUCAGUAUUCGUAUCCUAAGAACCCAAUCGCGCAUGCAUACAUCCAAGAUUCUGGGGGUGUCUUUUUACCAAUCAACAAUGCUGAUUCCUCACACUCCAACUUUACUUCUAUCGCAAAAGCAUUCAAGUGUGACAAAGGCAAUCAGGUCGAUUGCCUCCGGAAAAUACCAUUUAAGGACAUACAGAAGAAGGUUGAGAAUACAGCGGGAGUAAGCUUUGUCCCUGUAGUGGAUGAGAGAACUAGGUUCUCCGACUAUUCGAAGCGACUUCUAUCGUCCAAGAUCCCUAAGCUGCCAUCCAUCAUCGGUACAAAUAGAGAUGAAUGGAAUUUUGGUGGAGAGCCAGCAGAGCCUCCAGUCAAAUCACCACCCGAACAAGUCCACACAGACAGCACAUUCGGCUGUCCCGCGCACUUCGAAACAGCUCUACGAUCCUCAACCAACGCCAAGACCUGGCGAUACAUGUACUCUUCAAACUUUACCAAUAUCAUGCCCGGAGAUGAGGGCGCUUUCCACUCUGCUGAGCUUCCUUUGAUCUUUGGAACUCACGACAUCGCGCGGAAUAAGUCUGGGCCGUUUGAGUACAAGAUCAGCCAUGCCAUGCAGGAUUACUGGUUGGCAUUUAUUCAAGAUCCAUAUGCUGGGUUAACAAAGAAGGGGUGGAAACCAACGGCUGGAGGGUAUGAUACGUUGCAAACUGGUGUGGAGUUUGGGUACGACAAUGAGAUUGUCACGAGGAAGUAUUCGUUCAAUUCUUUCCAGGAUGGAUGUAAGAAUGCUACUGCAGUUGAGCAAUAG